AAAACAAACACGGGACACGCGGGUGACACGGGGGACAUCGGAAUUUGGGGACACGAGGGUGACACGAGGGUGACAUCGGAAUUUGGGGACAGUUUCGGGAUAAUUUGGGAAUAAUUUGUGAAGAAUUUUGGGAUAAAUCGCGAAUAAUUUCUGAAGAAUUUGGGAGUAAUUUGAGGAUAAUUUACGAAUAAAUUUGGAAUAAAUUAGGGAGAAUUUGGGAAUAAUUUGGGGAGGUCCCCACCAGGGGGGUCCCAAAGUGGUGGAAAAGACCCCAAAAAUGCCCCGGAAGUGACGUAACGGCACCGCGCGGCGCUGACCAAUAGGGAGCCGCGGCCACGCCCACGAGGGGCGGGGCCAGGGGAAGAUGGCGGCGCCCGUGAGGGACCGGGAGGCGCUGCAGAGGCUGAACUUCCUCUUCCAGGCGGCGCACUGGGCGCAGCGGCGCAGCCCCGGCCUGGCGCGGUUCCUGCUGCGCACCCAGCGGGCGGCGGCGCGGCGCCUCGUGCUGCGCAUGGCCCCGGGGGUCAAACGCCGCCUCUGCCGCCGCUGCUGCUCCCUCCUGCUGCCGGGGGAGGGGAGCGGGACCCGCCUCAGAGGGCGUGGCCAGCCCCGCCUCGUCCUGCGCUGCCUCACCUGCGGCCGCGGGCGGCGCUACCUGUGCCCACCUGAGCCACGCCCACCCGAGCCACGCCCACCCGGCCAGGACACGCCCACAGGCCCCUCACCUGUGCUCUGAUUGGUCGCCGCCUCGCAGGAACCAGCCAAUCAGCCGUGCAGAAAUAAACGCUUUAUUCCGUA